AUGGGGCCGCCCCCCUGCGGGCUCCGCUGGCUCCUGCUGCUGCUCGCCGCCCCCCUGGGGGAGCCGCGGUCGCCCCCGGCGGUGCCCUGCCCGGCGGUGUGUGAGCCGGCGCGCUGCCGCCCGCGGGCCCCCCAGCCCUGCCUGGCCGCCGGGGGGCUGCUCCAGCCCGAGCGCUGCGGCUGCUGCUGGCUCCCGUGGCGCCGGCGGGCUCUGCGCCCACGGGCUGCGCUGCCGGGCCGGCGCCUGCCUCUGCGCCGAGUCCCCCCGGCGCCCGCGGCCAUCCCCGUGCAGAAGGGCGGCUGCGGGGAGCCAGGCUCCUUCUAUCCUGACAGCCUGAGGUACAAGUUUAAUUUUAUUGCUGAUGUUGUGGAGAAGAUUGCUCCAGCUGUUGUCCAUCUUGAGCUUUUUCGCAGGGUGUCCUACUCAAGCCAAGAAGUUCUUGUGUCCAGUGGCUCCGGAUUCAUAGUGUCAGAGGAAGGACUGAUUGUCACCAAUGCGCACGUCCUCACCAAUAAGCAGAGAAUCAGAGUGGAGCUCAAGAGCGGGGAGCAGUACGAAGCUAAAGUCAAAGAUGUCGACCACAAGUUGGACAUAGCCCUGAUCAAAAUAUAUCCUGAUACUGCCCUCUCUGUACUACUGCUGGGAAGAUCCUCUGACCUCCGGCCUGGGGAGUUUGUGGUGGCGCUGGGUAGUCCCUUCUCCUUACAAAACACCGUAACGACAGGAAUCGUCAGCAGCACUCAGAGAGGCAGCAAGGAGCUUGGCCUGAAGGACUCUGACAUGGCAUACAUUCAGACAGAUGCCAUCAUCAAUUAUGGAAAUUCAGGUGGGCCCUUGGUGAACUUGGAUGGUGAAGUUGUAGGGAUAAAUACACUGAAGGUAACGGCUUGCAUUUCCUUUGCAAUCCCCUCUGACCGAGUCCGUCAGUUCCUGGAAGAAUCUCACGACUGGCAGAUGAAAGGGACGAUUCGACCCAAGAAGAAAUACAUGGGAUUCCGAAUGCUUCCCCUGACUUUUAAUCUCAUCCGUGAACUUUAAAUCUAUGAUAAAGAUUUCCCGGACCUGAACUCCGGAGUCUAUGUUUUUGAAGUGAUUCAAGGAACUGCUGCUGCAAGCUCUGGCAUGAGAGAUGGUGAUGUGAUUAUCAGCAUUAAUGGAAAAACAGUCACCUCGACAGAGGAUGUAAGUGAAGCUGUUAAAAACAAUGAUGUUCUUUCAAUUGUGGUUCAUCGAGGAAAUGAAGAUGUGAUCUUGAAUAUAAUUCCAGAUGAAAUUGAUUAAAGGCUGACUUCCAUCAGAAAUAGUUUAAUUGAACAAAGUCAGACCUACACUAUGUGGCUUAAGACAAAGCUUAUGCUGUAUGCAGUUUUUUCUAGUAUAAUGUAGGGAAAACUUUCACAGGUGGUCCAGAAAGCAGUAUUUAGACAUAAGUAGGAUUUUUUUUAAAUUCUAAGAGAAAGCAAACUGAUUUUUUCCAGUGUAUUUUACUUCAAACAAUUUUUGAAAGUGACUACUGAAGUAUGGUUUUUUUUCCCCCCUCCUUUUCCAUAUUUAAAGCUAGCCAAAAAAUACUGGGUUUUAGUCCAGAAUGUGGACAAAGCUAACUCUAUUGUCUAAACUUGAAAUA